AUGGCCGGUAAGCCCCGCAGCGGCUGCGAGGCGCUCCGGGUGGUGGCCCGGUGCCGGCCCAUGAGCCGGCGGGAGGAGGCGGCGGGAUACGAGCGCGUCCUGGAGCUGGACGUGAAGCUGGGCCAGGUGAGCAUCCGCAACCCCCGCGCCGCCCCCGGGGAGCUGCCCAAGACCUUCACCUUCGACGCCGUGUACGACGCCAGCUCCAAGCAGGCCGACCUCUACGAUGAGACCGUGCGGCCGCUCAUCGACUCGGUGCUGCAGGGCUUCAACGGCACCGUCUUCGCCUACGGCCAGACCGGCACCGGCAAGACCUACACCAUGCAGGGCGCCUGGGCGGAGCCCGAGAAGCGCGGCAUCAUCCCCAGCGCCUUCGAGCACAUCUUCACCCACAUCUCCCGCUCGCAGAACCAGCAGUACCUGGUGAGGGCCUCGUACCUGGAGAUCUACCAGGAGGAGAUCAGGGACCUCCUCGCCAAGGACCAGAGCAAGAAGCUGGAGCUGAAGGAGAACCCCGAGACCGGGGUGUACAUCAAGGACCUCUCGUCCUUCGUGACCAAGAACGUCAAGGAGAUCGAGCACGUGAUGAACCUGGGCAGCCAGACGCGCUCCGUGGGCAGCACCAACAUGAACGAGCACAGCUCGCGCUCCCACGCCAUCUUCCUGAUCACCAUCGAGUGCAGCGAGACGGGCCCGGACGGCGAGGAGCACAUCCGCGUGGGCAAGCUCAACCUCGUGGACCUGGCCGGCAGCGAGCGCCAGAACAAAAUGGGGGCCCACGGAGAGCGCCCCAAGGAGGCCUCCAAGAUCAACCUCUCCCUCUCGGCCCUGGGCAACGUCAUCUCGGCCCUGGUGGACGGCCGGAGCACGCACAUCCCCUACCGGGACUCCAAGCUCACCCGCCUGCUGCAGGACUCCCUCGGGGGCAACGCCAAGACAAUCAUGGUGGCCACCUUGGGCCCGGCCUCGCACAGCUACGACGAGAGCCUCUCCACCCUCAGGUUCGCCAACAGGGCCAAGAACAUCAAGAACAAGCCCCGGGUGAACGAGGACCCCAAGGACACCUUGCUGCGGGAGUUCCAGGAGGAGAUCGUGCGGCUGAAAGCCCAGCUGGAGAAACGCGGGAUGCUGGGCAAGAAGAGGAGGAGGAGCAGCCGGAGGAAGAAAGCAAUGGAUGGAGAGGGCACCGUGGACAAUGAAGGGGAGGACGAGAAUGAGGAUGGCCUGGAGAAGACCAUGGAGAAUUACUUGAAGGAGCAGAAGGAGAGGCUGGAAGAGGAGAAAGCCGCUAUCCAGGAUGACCACAGCCUGGUGAGUGAGGAGAAGCAGAAGCUGCUCCAGGAGAAGGAGAAGAUGAUAGAGGACCUGCGGAAGGAGCAGGAGGCCACGGAGCUGCUGGCCAUCAAGUACAAGGCCAUGGAGAGCAAGCUGCUGAUCGGGGGCAGGACCAUCGUGGACCACACCAACGAGCAGCAGAAGAUGCUGGAGCUGAGGCGGCAGGAGAUCGCCGAGCAGAAACGCCGGGAGCGGGAGAUGCAGCAGGAGAUGCUGCUGAGGGACGAGGAGACCAUGGAGCUGCGCGAGACCUACACGUCCCUGCAGCAGGAGGUGGAGAUCAAAACCAAGAAGCUCAAGAAGCUCUAUGCCAAGCUGCAGGCGGUGAAGGCUGAGAUCCAGGACCAGCACGAUGAGUACAUCCGCGUGCGCCAGGACCUGGAGGAGGCCCAGAACGAGCAGACGAGGGAGCUGAAGCUCAAGUAUUUGAUCAUCGAGAAUUUCAUCCCUCCCGAGGAGAAGAACAAGAUCAUGAACCGCCUGUACUUCGACGGUGAUGAGGAGCAGUGGAAAUUCCAGCCGCUGGUUCCCGCCGGAGGGAGCAGCUCCCAGAUGAAGCGGCGCCCGACCUCGGCCGUGGGCUACAAGAGGCCCAUCAGCCACUACGCCAGGGUGGCCAUGGCCAGGAGAUCCCACCCCCGCUUCCGGGCUGAGAACAUCAUGUUCCUGGAGCUGGACCUGUCCCCCCCGGCCAUCUUCGAGUUUGAGCGCAGCAGGGACCCCGCGGCGGAGCAGGACCCGCGGGCGCUGCACCUGGAGCGCCUGAUGCACCUGGACAGCCUCCUGGAGCGGCCGGCGGCCUCCCGUGUGCGCAAAUCCCGCUCCUGGUGCCAGACGCCGCGGUCGCUGCCCUCCUCCACCACCCACGUGUCCCUGGCCUCCAGCUCCGCGGGUGCCGCCCCUCUGCCGGCCCAGGAGUGACCGCCUGGACGCCUCGUCCCGGACUGAGCCCCCGAGGGCCGAGGGGGGCCCGGCCCAGCGGCCCCAGCUCGUCCUUGUCCUCAGCUACUUUGUGUGUGUUUGUGCGAGACACGAACGGCCCCGGGCCAGGGCGGCUGCCCCUCCCUCCUUCCCUCUCUCCUCCCCUCCCUCCGCCCCCCUGAUCCGGAUCUGUCACUUUAUUUAUUUAACCUAUUUAUUUAUGGAGCGGAGGCAGGAUUUGUGCUCGGACUGAUGGACAUCCAGGCUGGCAGUGGGCACCGUGCUGACCCCCCCGGGGUUUGCCCAGCUCCCAGCCCUGCCCACACCGCCUGGCACAGGGCUGGGCACGGGGUAGCACCAGGACACUGCUCCAUCCCAGCAGGAGGGACACGGGCCCCUCUGCAGGAGCUGUGGCAGAGGCUGAGGCUGCCCUGGCCCCUGGUGCUGGCUUUGCCGUGCUGGAUCCCAGGGAAUUUGGAGAUUUCUGCGUGGAUUGGGAGACUUCGUGGUGGCAGUGCCUUGUCAGAGUCCCCCAGAGGGACUCCCCAGCCUGCAUCGACUCUGGUGGCAGCAGGGACACCUCACCCACUGUGGGCACGGCUGGCACUGCAGGAGCACCAGCUCCAUCCACGGGGCUUGCAGAGUCACCAGACCAAGUCACCCAAAGGCCAGGGCUUUGUCCAGCCGUGCCACGCGCUGGGGACACUCUGGGGACACUGGAGACAGCCCCACCGAGGCUCCCAUCGCUGACCGUGGGUGUGCAGCUCCUGACGCGGCCCGCGGUGGAAAUCUGGAAAUCUGGAAAUCUCCACCCACUUCCAGCCCCUCCAGGGACACGCCCAGCCUGCGAGCAGCGCUGCCUGCCGAGCUCCGGGCUGCCAGAGGCUCCACCUGCAGCUAAAGGGACAGGGAAAUGUGGGACGAGGAGGUGACACCCAGGGCAGCGAUGGCAUCGCUGUGCCCUGGACAAUGGCACACGGAGGUCGCCUCUGUCACAUCCUGCUUGGGACAAAUUCCCUGGUGGGUUGUGGAGGACUGGAUGUGGAAUGGUGGUGGGUGAGAGGGGGAAGCCACCAGGGCUCUGGGGGUUGGCUCCUGCCCCAGCAGCUGCAGGGACAGCACUUGUGGAGGGUGGAGGGAAGCUGGUGAAGCAGCUCCGGUGUCCCUGGGAUGGUGGAGGUGGGGACAUCCCUGUGAUGGAUGAGGGAGCGACCCCUGGCUCUCCUGGGUCAGCAAAGGACUGGACAGGGAGGAUUGCAGGUGGAAAAUGUCCCCUGGAAACAAAGAGAAUUCCUGCACAGGGUGGAUGAGGUUGGAAGGGACCCUGGAGCAGUUACUCAGGGAUGUGGCCAGGUGGGUUUGGGAUCUCCCAGGGAAGGAGACCCCAGCACUGUUCUGGGCAGGCUGUUCUUGGCUGUUGGCCUGGUCCCUGCUCCCCUCAGUGCUCCUGCACUCUGGACAGGGGUGAGGGAAGGGGGGGAGCAAGGCACAGGCCUGGAAUGGGGACAUCCAGAGGGAAGCAGGAGCUGUGCUGAGCUCAGCUCCCUCAGCAGCCGUGUCCCAUCCCCACGUGGCUGUGCUGGGCCAUCCACUGCCCCUCCCAGCUGUCCUGACACAUCCCUGCCCUGCCCUGCCCUUCCAUGUAACACUGCCCUGCCUCGAGCUCUCCAUGAUUGCCCUCUGCUCCCCUCUUCCCUUUCCCUCUGUGCCCCAUAACAACACCCUGUUCUGUGCCCCAUAACAACACCCUGUUCUGUGCCCUAUAACAACACCCUGUUCUGUGCCCCACAACACCCUGUUCUGUGCCCCAUAACCCCCUGUUCUGUGCCCCAUAACAACACCCUGUUCUGUGCCCCAUAACAACACCCUGUUCUGUGCCCCACAACACCCUGUUCUGUCCCUCCAGGACCUCUGUCCCCUUCUCCCCCAGCCUGGCACCUUGGCAGGCUGUACCUUGCUCUGAGGACUGAGCUCCCUCCCCUGGCAGCAGCCAGGCCCAGGCUGUGCUCAGCCUGGCAGGAGGGAGCAGGGAAGGUGUUGGGGGAGUCCCUUCCAUGCUGUGGGGUCAGGGCUGGCCACAGGUCCCCCCACAGCCAGGGGUGUCCCAGGGCAUCCCCCAGAACGAGCUGGCCCUGGGAAACCAUCGCAGCCCUGGCAAGGCCAGGCUGGGCAGGGCUGGGAGCAGCCUGGGACAGUGGAAGGUGGCCCUGCCGUGACAGAGGUGGCACUGGGUGAGCUUUAAAGUCCAGCCCAAACCAGUCUGGGAUUCCCUGAUUCUAUGGAACACAGUGACUGGGAGAGCUGGUUUGUUAUUUCCUAGAAAGCAUCUGGGAGUCAGGGUCAGGAAGCACAGACUCAGAAUGAGGCGAAGCUUGGGGGGCCUGCAGGAAUAAAAUUUCCUCCCUUCCUUGUUUUCCA